UGUGUGUGUGUGUGUGUAUGUUAGGGAGCGAGCGAGCGUGAGGCAGAUUCUGACACUCUGACGAUAAUAACUCAAGCAACUCCCAAUGUAUUUGCGAUUUCUGAUUGUGUUGCUAUUGGUGGAUCCUUUAUUUUUCAACCCUCUAAAGACGAUACACCUCUGCUCAAAGGCUUCAUCAAAUAGGAAAAGUCCUGAGGCCCCACCCAUCCACUGCAGGACUAAAAUGAUCUCAUUCUCGUUGAAGAACAUCUUUGUGGAAAUGUUACAAACUAGUGUAUCGGCGCUUGCUUUCCUUGAAAGUUAGCGUUAUGGCAUAGGGGUUUGUAGGCUUUUGCAGAAGUAAUACUAUUCGGCCUCUCAGUGUUGGUGACGAAUGGCUCCCACAGUAUAUGUUGGCGGUAGAAGAAAUAAUUUGUCGUAAGGAAAAUAUUGAAAGCGUCAUUUUAAGGAGAAAGAAAGUCGAGUUUUAAGGAGAAAGUGACACAGGUCGUUUACCGUUUCUUAUUUGUAUCUGAGUCUUAUUGUCUCUAUUUCUUUGUCAUAAUCGCUCCGUAUUACAAUUAGCUACAGUCAUACUGUAGCAUUUGUAUUGGUGUUGUGAUAGUCGUUUUAAUCGAGUAAGAGAACAGCUUACAUUUUAGGCUUAAAAUAAUGGUUUAAUACAAAUGUAGCCUUGUGUUGGUAGUUUUAUUAACAAAGAGUACAAAACGGUGUUUUGACACACUAAUACAGACUAUGUCUGUUUCUUUUUUUAAGUCUGAAAGGAAUGAGUCAAACUGGUUCUUUUAUUACAGCUGCAUAUGCACAGGCAUGCCCACGUGAUUUGUCUUAAGGGCGGCAAUAAAACACUUACAAGUCUUUCUCCACAGUCACAUACUUAUGUCGAAGGCCCAGUUGGUUUGGUGUGCUCUACUAUUCAAUGGGUCAGUAGUACACUUGUAAAGGGCCUUCUCCGAUUAUGAUCUCAGAUCAUAAUCUUAGAGCAUCAUAGCACUAUCGCUUUAUUGAAAAACAAAGUACCGCAUUUGUGCGAACAGCACGUAUCUCUGGCUGCAAGGUAAUCACUUGGUUAUAGACACCAAUCUUCAGUCACUUUAUAUAUUGUAUCUGUCGGAUGAAAGAUGCAGUUCUUUGAUGUUUGGUUAAUGUCACAUCAGUCCUGGAUUAUCAUUUGACUAUAAAACACUGCACAGUGGUAUAGCUUUUAUGAAGACCGUGAGAUUGGCCUGCCUGUCAGUCAGUGUUGAAACUGGCAUUAGCAUUUGCUUUGUAAUUUGUUGUUUCGUGUUGCGUGGGUGCCAGACAAUUGCAUAUAUAUUGCAAUAAAUUAACCGUCUGAGGUAAACGUAAUGGAGACAGACCUAUUGCGCUAAGGAGUUGGUUACAUACACUGCCAGGUUAAAGUAAUUACAUUGUUUUUUGGAUCGUUGCAUUAUUUUUGACAAUUUUGCCUAUACGCUGAUUGCUACUCCACAGUUUAUAAUUCUAGACCAAAUAGACAUUUCGUCAUUUGGGGAGAUCGUCUCUCAGAAGCACCAAUCACCAAUACGCAUUGAAUAUCUUAGUACAGGCGCAGUGUAGGCUACCCAACACCGCCCGGUGCAUGUUCGGAUAGCCUGUUGUUGCUUAUAUGUUCAUGCCACUAAACACGUGUGCAUAAACAGUGCCUAGUACCCCAGAUGUGACUUUCAUUAAACGCAUGUACACUGAAAAUAACUCCAACCUAUUAUAUAGGCCUAAUGGAUCAAUCUUUUCAUUUUGAGAUUUACCAGUAUUACGCGAAUCCAUCCCCAAGCCAGUGGUGAUGUUUCUGUUACCCCUGGUAUUCCUGACAUUUUAUGUUUUACAUCUUCUGUACACAUUCUGUGUUUUCUUACGACAAAGUACAUGGAAGUAUAUACGACAUGUGAUGUAACGGGCACACGGUCGGAUAAAGUUUGGAAUUGCUUGUUGGUUUUGACAUUGAUGUGGCAAAAAGACAGCUUAACACUUUAGAUAACAACACUUUUUUACAAACGAGGCAGGUCAAAUACGUGAUAUCUGUAAAAUACGUUAUCGUUUUCCCCCCACUGAGGAGCAUCAGCAGUCACUCAGAGCGAACAUCGGGCUAUACGAGUACAUGGAAUUGUGCUCAAAACCGUCAGGAAUUUGGCUCUAAUAAAUACAUAAAAAAAACUAUUGUUAGCGAUUGAAGCGAUUCAAUAUUGGCUCUCCCAGCGCUACAAUUUACGUUAUUUAUUUUUGCAGGUUGUUGUUUAGACCUACUGUUUCUAGUAUUGACAAUCAUUGUGAUUUAAUUAUGAUUCCACCAAUUGUAAGGGGGAAGUAUUGAAAUCCAUUGACGUGUAAUAGGCCCUGUGUAAGUAAUUCAUAACCAGCAAUGAAUUUACAGAUAAAACAACAAACUUUAUAUAGGCAUGCGAAUUCUUAUAUAGAGGGCUUUCUUUUGGGAUACCUUAUUUUGACUUCAAGAUGCCAUAAUAACUUUGUUAUUCAUUAAACUGUCCCUGGAAAAUUUUAAGAAAAGUACCGACCGUGGUGUAACUACAACACUGUAAUAAAAACCGUCCUGUAAUGUAUUUUACUGUGAAUUAUAUUUAGAUUUCCACUUAUCUUAUUCUUUUUCAAAUUCUACUAUAAAUCCUUUACGAUGUAUCCUAACCGCGCGCGUGUGUGGCUGUGUGUGCGCGUGCGUGUGCGUGUGCGUGUGCGAGAGAAAGAGAGAGAGGAAGAGAGCGACACUGUGAGCUGCCGUGCGCGUGCAUGCGUGCGCUUGCGUGUUUUCUUAAAGCUUUAUGUGCUUUUACCAGAGGGCUAUGAGGAUACAAGCUACAUGUUCCGCAAGCACUCCCCGCUUACAAUUGGUGGAAAAUGGUCAGGUGACACUGUCAUAUUGUCCCUCUUUGAGCCAACCUUAGCUAUAACACUUGGUUUGACCGUCUUAACUGGAGUCUGGAAAUUAAUAAUAUUGAAAUCUGUAUAUCACCUGAAAGAGCCGGAGACGCCGGGAGGUUGCUACCUUAUGCGAUAGAAAAACACACACUGGCCCUGAAAGUAGUAUCCUAACUGUGAGAGUGAGGGAAAGACAAGGAGAGAAAAAAAGGAGGAAGCGCACACGUGAGGCCGAUAGGGAAGGUAUGAAUUCGUAUUUUGCGAACUCGUCGCUCCCCUGCCAUGUAUCUGGUGGUCAAGAAGUUCUACCUAAUGUGUCCCUAAACUCGAGCGGCUAUGACCCAGUCAGGCAUUUCUCGUCCUACAGCUCUCCCAUGAGUCAAAACCGGAUUUACGCUUCGCCCUUCUAUUCACCCCAAGAUAACGUAUUUGGGACGGGUCGGGGACCAUACGACUAUGGAUCUAAUAUAUUUCUCCAAGAAAAAGAUGUGCUCCCCAGCUGCAGACAAACAAGCAUGGGACUAAAUGGCCAGAGCCACAUUACUCAGGACUACAACUUGGAUCCCGCCAGGAAUGGAGCACAAGAGCAGAAAGACGUUCACAUAUAUCCAUGGAUGCAGCGCAUGAACUCGCACACUGGAGUUGGCUUUGGUGCAGACAGACGCAGAGGUCGCCAGAUAUACUCCCGGUACCAGACACUGGAACUGGAGAAAGAAUUCCACUUCAAUCGGUAUUUGACGAGACGAAGACGCAUUGAGAUUGCCAACGCGCUCUGCUUAACGGAACGCCAGAUCAAAAUCUGGUUCCAGAACCGCCGUAUGAAAUGGAAAAAGGAGAGCAACUUGACCUCCACAAUUACGGCGAGUGAAUCCACAGUUGUAUCUCCAGAGGCAGACAAAGAGAGUGUUGAAAAAGAGCCAGAGGAGAAAAAGGAGAAAGAUUGAUCCUCAUUCUCCGAAUUUCUGCAUUCUGAACACUUAGUAGAACAGCAACAUAACUACCUAUUGUUCACGAAAUUGUACACAUUAAUGCAUGAUCAACAUUGUUAUUCAGUUCCUCUGUCUCACCACUUCAUGCGCGCAUGUACCCACUUGCAGGCGCACAAACUCACUCCCGCAUAAAUACAUAACGCACGCACGUGCACGCAUACACACCAGCACGCACGCAUGUUGAGAAACUGCAACAGCUGCAGUUUUUAAAUUUAGUGCAAUUUUGCAGUUUGAAUCGACAGCGGGAGGAUAUGCAACGUUGUGUGCUUGAUAGUGCCAUUUUUAUCUUGUCGCCAAAACUGAAACUGAAAUCAUUGAUGAGCCCAUAAACAUUUGACCAGUGCUACCAGUACAUUUGCCUUAUAGAAGAUUCUGCAAACAAUGCACCUCAGCAAUCAUUCCAAAUGUAAACUGAAUUACAUGCAUAUUUGUUUUUUUUUUGUUUUGUUUUUUUGCUGUUAUUGAAAUAAUGUUCUAUGAAGAUCAUUUUCCAUGAAUUACGAUGAUUGUCCUGAUGGACAAUCUACACUAUCUAUAUUCGACUGUUCAUAUAUUUGUAGAUAUUAUAUAUCCAUCCACUGCUCGAGUAUGGAGUACGGCGUUUCGUUUGCCGUUUCCUUAUUAAGUGUGAAGCACACUUUAUACGGGCUUGUACAGGACAAAUUGCCCAGACAAAGGCUUUGAAGUGUGUCAUUAAAAUUAUACAGGACAAAUAAUCUCAUUUUUAUGUGAAGUGGUGUUUUAAAUUGUGCUUUAUUUAAUAAAAAUGUUUCACAUUGUUUGCCAUUUUUGCAUUCAAUUUUCCAAGUUCGCACAGUAGAGGCCAGAGAGGCCGAUGGUUCUUUGAGCCGCUACAGUGAGGUGGCUUCCACACAGUAUUCCCUCUGACUUUGAAGGUGGUGUUGAAAUAUUUUUUUUUCAAUAGUACACAGAGAUACGGAAAGGCUUAAGUGAAGUUAAGUAGUGUGUCUGUCUGUCUGUCUGUGUGUGUAUGUGUGUGUGUGUG